AUGGGAAGACCCAACCAAAACCCACUCUUGGAUUUCCGUUCCACUCACGACGAUGCUUGGUACUCUGUUGUUAAACUGGUUCUAAGCAAGAGAAACACCAUUCUUACUGUUAAAUUUGCAAAUUUCGAUGAAGAUAAAGAUGAGGGUUUUAGUGUCGAUGAGUUCAAGACUGUCAAGGAAUUAGAUGAUUUUGUGAACAGAUUUCGUCCAGCUUGUGUUCUGCUACAGGAUGAAGAUUGUUAUGAUUUGAGACGCGGGUCGGAUGUCUGUGCUCUAAUUGUACAAGGUGAUGAAGAACAUAAGUUCUACAAUGGCGUAAUUGAAUCGGUGAGUUGA